AUGAAUAGACCAAGUAUUGAAUACGACUCAGAUUCAAGCCAAAUUAUAACUGACGUUCAAAUACGUGAUGAGGAAGAAGAAAAAAAGGAAGAGCUGGGAAAGCUCCUCGAAGAAAAAGAUGAUCAAAAUCUCGUUUACGAAGACAUAAAGACUCUUCUAAACGACUUGGAAGUUAAAGCAAUCAGGGACAUAAUUAUCAAGGAAACCGGAGAGAGGGACACGGUCGACUAUACUUGGGACGAGAUGAUGGAUAUGUACAUCACACGAACCUCCCGAAUCGUAACCCGGAAACAUACCAAUUGGAGACCAAAUGCUUUCGAAACCAUUCGGGACCUUAUGAGGCCAGAGUUCAAUAUCAAGAUACCGCAACCUAUAGAGGUUCCUUCCACGCCGUUAGAGACCGGAGACUCGUCAACCGAAUCAGACGAACCUUCCAAGCCAAAGCCUCGUAUAUACCCAUUCCGAAUGAGACAUGAUAAUCUGAACGCUUACACCAGCACAUACUGGCAAGCUAGAGGCCAUGUCACGAACCUUAGGGUUGGCAAUGACGUAGCUAUCAUAACCACUCUCAGUAUGAUGGCAGAUUUGGACUUCAACAAUGAAGAAGUACCCUACGGGAUAGUGGACUGCGGGGGCUUGGAAACACUUAUGAAUCUUGCCGUUAUUAACUCCAUCACGAUGCAGCUAGGCUCGCUUCAGCUCCUCAACAGGAUCGCUGACCACCCCGUCAUCAAAAGAACAAUGGUGAACCAGGGAGUCCCUCACAUGUGUUUUAAGCUGCUUCCGCACUAUGAAUACGAUGUGGUCAUAAUCUGUUCUGAAAUCUUGCUAAAGGUCAGUGAUCUCAAGUGCUUCAGGCCUGUGGUUAGGGGCACAGAAGGUCUCGAAGUUAUGCUGGAGAUAGCUGAACUUCCAGACAAAUAUUACAACAUGCCAGAAUCAGCCAUCACAGAUGACGUCGAAUUAAAGAUAUACACCGCAGCAAAGAACUGUUUAUUGACCAUCAAGAACACGCACAGGUCCAGGCUUGUGAGAAUCGCCCUUUACAAGUUGGGCUUUGUCAGGCUCCUAAAAAAGAUCAUUUACUCGCGCAAUAAGUUCUUUAAGGAUAUUGGACUUCAGAUGGUCUACGAAGCAUCAAGUUGUAAACUUUACCAACAAAUCUUCAUCCUGGAAGAUUUUAUGAAGUACACUCUGGACACGUAUCAGUUAAAAAAACCAGAAACUCCAGAUGCAAUUAUGAUGCUAAAAACAAUCAAUAAGUGCCUGGAUGACGAACAAUGCAGGUAUUAUCUAUUAUCAAAUGGUCUAGUAGAAUUUCAAAUCAAGCAAUUGAAAACACUGGGCCAUAGAAAACAACUGAAACACACGCUGGCAUCUUUAGUUAGAUUUCUAAAAAUAAAAAAAUACCGAAUGAUGAUGCACAAGAGUGACUUGAUACCUGGUUUGCUGCAACUUUUCAAGCACACGAACCCACUGGUGAGAGAAUAUUCAGGUCGAAUAGUAGCAGAGCUGAGCAGAUAUGAGGACAACCACGACAUUUUGAUCGGAGAACAAAAUUUAGGUCUUAUUUGGCUAAUUGAUAUGUGUGAAAAUCUACUGGAUUAUGAUUUACUUGCUCAUGUUUAUAAGAUUGUAAUGGAACUUUCAUACGUUCCAACUAUAUACUGGUGGGUGGCCGAUAGGCUAGAAAUCAUACCGUUGUUGUGGGCUGCAGUGACGAAUCCUAACCCAAGAUGUAUUGAAUACGGUUGCUCCGCCCUGGUGCCAUAUAUAGGGCCCAUACCUGGAUCCCACGACACAGUUCGACGGAUCGACGGAGGAGUUUUCGACCUCAUGAGCUUGACUUACAACGAAGACGACGGUGCAAAAGCAGGGGCACUCACACUCCUGUCGAGGAUGGCUUGUGAGCAGGAGAACCUCGACAUCUUAGCCAGGCUUGGCUUCAUAGACAGGCUCUUCGACCUAUCCAAAACUGCUAAACAUCCGAGAUUACGUUACGCGAUCGGAUUAUGCUUCGGCAGUUGCGGGCACGAUCGGAAGAGAUCCUUCAAGCUGGGCGAGCGUGGAGCUGUGACGAUCCUGGUCGAAUGGCUACUCAACGAUAACGACUCCUACGUCCAGCUUGGGGUCGUGUCUGGCCUCUGGAAGUUGUCUUACGAGCUCAUCAACUGUAUGGUCAUGAUAAAAUAUCAGAUCGUUGAGAGGCUGAUGGAGAUCAUGGCCUGCGACAACGAGUGCCUGCACAAUUCGGUAGCCGCACUUCUGACCAACAUGCGACGGCUCGCCAGGAUCGCUGAGUACAAGAAGUACGUCGACGAACAACCCCCUGUCGAGAAGGCAGCGGGUAGUAUAACUGAUGUGGACCUCAUCCUUCCCUACCAGUACCCUGAUGUUGUGGAACCAGAUAUUCACAUCGAAUAAAAUCUGAAACAAUAUUGGAUUACACAUCCAAUAAAUAUUUCUAAAUUCAAUGUUUUUUUC